AUGAGGCGACUGCCGCCGCCUAUAACGGUGGUGGCGAAGGCCGGCGAAAAGAAGUGUCUGAUGCCAUGGGUGCUCCGGCGGAGCUACGAGGACGGCGGCCGCCUGGUGUUGCGGGAGGUAGAGGUGAAGCACCAGGAGUAUCUCAAGGCGUCUCGAGAAGGGGGGAGGCUCACUCUGAAGAUCAUCCACGUCGAACCACCUCUCCUUCCGGCAACGGAGCUGCCGGAAAACGAUGGAGGAGGCCCGCCGCCGGCAUGGCCUUCCUCUAUCCUCUCCUCCAUGGCGGCGCUCUCUUCCUCUUCGCCGGAGGCCAUGGCCUGCCACGAGGACCCCCGCCCUCGUUCCAUCUUCAACCCCGUGGCGGCCGUGCACAGCUGA